UUAUCAAUAAUUGUUACUGCUAGCUUUUGUUGAAGCAAGUAGUCAGAGGGAAACAACAAUCUGGUCGGAGAAAGAAAUCACCAGCUGCGGUAUGGCCGCAGGAAGAAAGGUCGAACGCCUCGGGGGGAAAAGCUCCUACUGCCCCCUCAAUUCCAUCCUAUCAGCCAAAAGAGACAUUCUCCAGCAGCUAGCGACAUGGGUGAUGCUGAUCCGGAAUUGGAGCAGCUGGGAAGGCUUGGGGAAUCGACGCCGUUGCUCAUUGCAGCAGCACGAGAAAUUUCACCACAUCCACGGCGGCGGCGGAACCCUAGUGUUGUUAUAUGCCGGGGGUCUGCGUUUGGAUGGUUAUUCAUGGUCCACCAAAUCCCUUCCAUCUUCCUACUCAACCCUCUCACCGGAUUCUCAAAUCCCCCUGCCGCCCAUCACGUCUUUCCCCGAUGUGUUGGAAUACAACCCCCAAAGACGAAACUUUGAGUUCGUUCACCGCUUGGAUGGUGACCAGAGGCUCGCUGUACAUGGCAGGACCUUCUUCCAAGAGCGCUUCUUCUGGAAGACUGCUGUCUCCGCGGAGCCCACUACAGAAGUACUGCGGCGAGUUCGGGCGGUGGCAGCUCCGCCACUUCGUCCUCACUAGGAGACCGACUUCCGCUGCCUGGGCGGCGCCGGCGCGUGCGACCCGAAAGGAGGGGUUUCUGGGCUGGAACCCGGGUCGUGGGAGUGGGCCAGGGGCCCGGACAGCUCGACGGUGGGCGAGUGGGGGCUGGUGUGUGGGGAGAAGUACAAGGUCGGGCUGGUCCAGGCCGCUUUCUUCGGUGGCUGCAUGAUAGGUCAUGGGAAGGAUGGAAGAAUUGCUUUCCAAAAUGCUGGAACGGGCACCUUUAUUUC